AUACAGAUAGUAUUAUUAUUAAGAUGCAGCGUCUAAAACAAACUUAUAUGAAUACUAUUCAAGAAGAGUUGAUUAUAUACAAUAAUCAACUUUUUUUGACUAACUUAGUCAAAAGUUUUCUUACAACUAACUUAGAUUAUCUAUUUUCUAAUAAUAGUAAUGAAGUCAAUUAUAAUCUAUCUCAAGAAUUAUCUACUUAUUCAUUUCAAGAUAUUGAAUCAAUAUAUAAUUAUCUUGAAAGUUAG